CCAUGGCCGAUCGCCCCCUCCUCACCACCGCGAGACGACGACGAUGAACAGCACCAGCGACUCCAGCGGCUUUCUGGGCUCCGGCAGCAUCGGGGGCUUCGGCUACGCCAUCGGCGUCUCCGUUGGCAUCCUCCUUCUCAUCACCACCAUCACCCUCGCGUCCUACUUCUGCACCCGCACGUAUCCGCCCGCGGUCCCGGCGCUGCCGCCGCCGCUUCGGGCAGCCCCGGAGGACGCCGUGGCCGUGGAGGUGGGGCUGGACGAGGCCACCAUCCUGAGCUACCCGAAGCUGCUGUACUCGGAGGCGGUGAAGCUGAGGGGAAUUAGCAAGGAAGAGGACUCCACGUCCGCUGCCUGCUGCUCCAUCUGCUUGGCGGACUACAAGGGAACCGACGUGCUGCGGCUGCUGCCGGACUGCAGCCACCUCUUCCACCACAAGUGCGUCGAUCCCUGGCUCCGACUCCACCCCACGUGCCCAGUCUGCCGGACUUCGCCGGUGCCGACGCCGCUUUCGACGCCGUUGGCGGAGGUGGUUCCACUGGUGGGGAGAGGAGACAGGUAGCUUCGAAUUUGAUUUAAUUUACCCUGGCCACGCCAUUUCCGGGGAUCGUCAAGAUUAUAAUUAAUGUAAAGUUUCUGAUCGAUCUUAAUGAAUACAAUCAUCUUCAUUGCCGUUGUUAAAAGAAUUCCAUUGUUAAUGAAAAUUAUUACUUUU